AUGUCUGCAGCCAACUCUAUUACUGUCCAAAAGCUGGAUAUGGAAAUCUAUGCGCUAAUGCAACACAUUAACGAUAUUCAUCAGGUGAUAAACCAGCAAAGAACACUUCUCCAAGACAUGUUAACUAUUGUGGAACACACAGUUGUUAUAACAAAUUUGCAUUCGGAGUUAAUUGCCAAAUCCACUGAGUUGCACCAAAGUCAUGACUUAUUUAAGAGUGAACUUCUAUUUCUGCAUGACCCAAUAUUGUUCCACACACUUACUUUUCUUGACGAAGUGCAAACUGGAAUGAUCGAAUUGGCAGGGGGACGCAUACCUCUGUACUUUGUAUCCAAGGAUAUUGUUCAUGCGAUGCGAUGCAAUUGA